AUGCGGGCGGCGGAGGAGGACGCCGCCGCGGCCGCCGCGGACGCGGAGGCGCUCCGAUCCCUCCUCCUCGCCGCGGCGUCCGAGCUCGUCGGCGCCGCGCUCGCGUCCGAGGUCCUCGCCGUGCCGAAGGAGUCGGCGCGCGCGUCGAAGAAGCUCGACGACCACGGCGCCGACUUCCGAUGCCGCGCCCCGCGCACGCUGUUCCGCAGGCUCGAGGCUCUCGCGCGGCGCGGCGCGGACGCGGACGCGGACGCGGACGCCGCGAAGAAGAUCGACGACGACGCGCCCGUGGCGUGCGGCGACGUGCGCGUCGCGUGGCAUCGCGAGGCGAACGCGGGCGGGAGCGACGACGGAGACGACGCGACCGCGUCGGCGCCGUCGGCAACGGGCGUGGUCGUGCACACGACGACGGCGUACGGCACGCGACGCGCGCGGCAUUACCCCUCCGCGGUCGAGUUAGCGGACGCGAUCGUGUGCGCGAUGGACCCGGCGUCGUUAUCGGCCGUCGCCGCGCACGUCGCCGUGGACCGAGGCAGCGGCGGCGGCGGCGGCGGCGGCGACGACGGCGACGGCGGCGAGGGCGCGGCGACGGCGGCGAAGCGCCGGAGACGACGCGAGCUCCUCGGCCGCGCGCGCGAAAACCAAAACCAAAACGAAAACGGCUCCGUAUCCGGCGUUAUAUCUUUCAUGACCAAACGACGGCUGUUAGAGAACGCGGCGAGAGGCAUGCUGCUCUGCCGCGCGUGCGGCGUGAUGUUCCGCGGCGACAAAGGCUUGCGCGAGCACAGACAGGCGAAGCACGCGAACUCGUACGAGACGUCGCGCAAGGAGGUCAUGGACAGUCGCAUGGCCCUCAUCGCGAUGGGCGGAGGAGCGGCGACGGGAACGGGAACGACGACGGCCGCCGCGAUGAUCGAUAACGGUCGAACGAACGCCGUCGCGAAGGAGCCGGAGGCGUUCGACGAAGGCUUAGCCGCCGCGAGGGACGGCGACCUCAAUACGCUGAAGACGCUCGUCGCCGAGCGAGGCUGGGACCCACUGCAAACGGUCGAUAAGCACGGCUCGUGCGCGCUUCACUGGGCCGCGGGCGCGGGUCAGCUCGAGACGUGUCGAUACCUGGUCGAGACCUGCGGCGUCGACCCGUGCGUUCGACGGCGGCGGGGGAAGAAGAGUAAGAACGGUCCUAAUAAGCGCGACGACGGCCGCGCCGCGAUGCACUGGGCCGCGCGCAACGGCCGCACGGAGGUGUGCGCGUGGUUGCAUUUCGCGCACGGCGUCAGCGUGGACGACCCGACGAACGACGGGACGACGCCGUUCCACUUGGCGGUGUGGCGAGGACACGUGGACACGUGUCGGUGGCUCGUCGACGCGGCGCGCGCGGAUUGGACGACGACGAACGCGUUCGGGUGCAACGCGAUUCAGUGGGCGGCGCAGUCCGGCGACGUCGCGAUGUGCGCGUACCUCAAGCGCCUCGGCCUGGACUUGACGCUCCUGAAUUACAACGGCCACAGCGCGCUGCACAAGGCGGCGGUGAAGGGCAAGGCGGAGGUCUGCGCGUGGUUGCUGUCGGAGGGGGGAUUGGACGGGAGGCACAUGCUCGCCGACGGCGACGGGAACACCCCGCAGGAGAUGGCGAGGUUGGAAGGUCACGACGCGCUGGCGCGGUGGUUGAGAGCGCGCGCGGACGAGCUCGCUCGAUGAUUUUGGUGGCACGACAUCGUAGUAGCGUAGUCUAGUAGGUACGCAUACGCAGACGGCGGCGGCGGCGGCGGCGACCGGGCGAGUGGUUUCAUCGAAACGCCCGCGGCGACCGAAGCGCUUUCGGUCGCUUUACGCGAUGGCGUUCGUCACGUGCAUCGCCCAGCCGCGCCGUCCGCGCCGUCCUCCCGAGAAUCACUCAUCACGCGUCGUCGACGUCGACGACGCCGAGCUCCUCGAACGCGUCCAAG